AAAGUCCAUGGAUCUGUUUUUAUUUGUAUAUAUAUAAGGACUCGGUUUUGUCAUUUGGGGAUCUCCUUGCCUUUUCUUGUGUGGCCAUAGACCCAGAGCUAUUCCUCAAUUAUCAAUAUCUUCUGCUUCUCUCUCUCGAUGAGAAACAACAACACAUACAGCAAAACAUGACAACCAAAGGAACAACUCACUCUGAACCCAACAACACUGAAUGUUGCAUGUGUGGGGAUCUUGGCUUCUCUGAUCAGCUUUUUCAAUGCAAAGCCUGCCAAUUCAGAUCUCAACACAGAUACUGCAGCAAUCUCUACCCGAAGCCAGAGUCUCUUGGAACCUGCAAUUGGUGUUUGAGUCAAAGAGAGGACACCAAAGAGAGGUCAACCAAUUCAUCAAAUUCUUCCUCAUCUAUUAGGAACAACGAUGAUGAGAGCAGAAUCAAGAGAAUCAGGAAUGGUAAUAGCUACAACAGUGCUCAAAAUAUUGGACCGGUGAAGAAGGGAGUGAAAGGGAGUGUCCUUCAUCUCCAAAUUCAUAAACCAAUUAAGAAACCAAAGUCACCGGAGUCAUCAAGAUCACCAUCAGCAUCCAAUUCUCCACCGAAAUCUUCGCCGGUUUUGGUUUCAACCCGGAAGAGGAUUGUCACCAAUGGUACCUUGGAAGAGAGACUGAGGAGGACUAGGUCAGAAGACAUCACAAGAAGUGGUGCAACCAAACAGGUCUUCAGGAAUAAGGUGAGAAGGUAUAAGCUUCUGGAUGAAGUUUCAAGUUAAAAUAAUACUAAAAAUUAUAAGAAUAAAAGGUUUCGAAUGAAAGAGUUAUGUAAGAGAUGAUCAGUCUAUACACAGGAAAGAAAGAAAAAAGGGUCAUGGUUUUUGGUUCCUUUUGCGUUUUUUCCCCUUCAAAGUUUUGUCCCAAUACAUGUACAGAACAAUGGUGAAUUAAUGAAGGAGCAAAAAGUGUUUGAGUUUAGACUCAUUGUAACUUGACAGUUGCCAUUCCCUUUUUUUUUUUUCCAUUUUCUUCUCGAAUGUCAUCAUAAUUUACAAUGAAAAUUAAGAUUCAGUUUGUCAA